AUGGCGAUGAAGAACGCGUUUUUAGUUGGUGUUUCACUUCUAGCGCUCAUUGUUGAAGUUUACUGUCAGUCACAGUUUCUUCGAUGGUGCGUGGCAGAGAACGGUAUCUGCCAUCGCGACAGGGAAUGCUGCGACAAAAUGACCUGCAGCGACCAUUUUGGGGUCGGUAAGUGUAUACCGCUAACAUCAUCAGCCCCAGUUCCUUCGACAUGGCCUCAGACAGGUUCUCAGACUUGGCCUCAGACAUGGCCCUGCACGCAAACCUGGCCGCCCCUGUACCCUCCUUGGUGUGUACCUCUUCAGAAGAAGAAGAAAAAGAAGAAGAAGAAAACCAAGAUUCUCAUCAGAGUUUGUGGAGAUCUAAUGGGAAUGAAUGUUAAGGCCAAGAAAAAGGACAGCUUAUUUAAACGAUUAACGUGCAAACAGAUGAGAGAAUUGUAUGGAAAUAAGGAGAAAACGAAGCAAAAGUAA